CAGGGUUUCCAUAUAUAGAUGUCCCACGAUGUUCCCUUCAACCCAUUCUGAGAACAUAAUCAUGCCCGAGUUCGUUCGUGUCCGGAAAGAGGUCGACGUACUGAGUGGUCCAUUUUCAGGUUCCAUUUUAACUUUCCUGCGUGUAAAUGUCCAUGGUUCUUUGACCAUCUACCUGAAAAACCGUUGGGAGCAACCCUGAAUCAAUGUUCAUUUCUGCCCGAUUCUCUCAAGGCCACCGCUUGGGAGAAGCGCUAUUUGGACCUCAAGGAUGCACUCACCCAGCACCAAAUGAAACUGGAUAUGCUGAAGCAUGGUGAUGUCAUGGACAUCCAAGCUGAGAUGCAGAAAGGAAAUUGGUCCUUCUUCUCCGCAUCACGUCCUGAUGGAAUCCUAAAUCAGAAGUUUACACAGCUUCUCGUGGCCUGUGAGGUGGUCUCUGUGAUGUACAAUGGUUUGAGCUCUGCGACCAUGUCGCAACCGCAAAGUCUGAAAUUUCACCAGAGUUUGCUGCCAGCCAAGUAUGAAGGCAGUUUUUGGAUGACAGGCUUGAAGGUGUGGUUGGGCGAUCAUUGCAACGGUGGUUGGAGACCACGCGGUUUCAAGCAUGCUCAGCUCUUGGGUCUGACAGUGCUGGGGGAAGCAAACUCUGAGGAGGAACCUUCGAACAAAUCAAUUAACCUUCAAGUGCCCCAAGAAGGCGCUGCUUUGUGCCCUCCCCGCACCUUUGCCUUUGGUUUGGAGGUGAGCUUUUUUGAUGCUGGAGACAAAUGGUGGUCAGAGAUAGUGUCAGAGGAUGAAUGCAAAGAGGAUGGCGCCAUGAUGGAAACACUUCAAGUCUUCUGCAAGUCCUUGCCACUCGGCCACUAUUCCGACCCAGUGCAACGGGCGUCCUCCAGGAAAGUCUUUAUCGAGAAUCCCAAAGCCAACGCCACACGCAGCGCCAUGUGUCCCGAAAACACCUUCAUCUCCCACGUGGCAAUUACGCCCAAAGGCACAUGUUUCCACCAUUGUGACGAGGAUGGCGCUAUCGUCCAGAGUAUCUCGCUGGAGUGUCAUCCCGUGUGCAAUUUCAACCAGAAUGUGUCCUGCCCUCGGGCUGCAGCGUAGGUGAGGUGGGAUUUGCCGAAGGCUUGGAGUAUUGCCUGCUGCUUUUGAAUACCACUCUCAGGUGUCCCAAGGAGGACAGAGAGGCUUGCAUAUCCUGCAUUUCACGCAAUUAGGCAAUUGAGUUCCAUGUUGCAGCAAGACGAGUGCCA